AUGAACAGUCCACUAGAGCCGAUGAUACUUGCUGGUAGUAUCCAACCGGGUCGCUGGGAGCGCCUACAGCCUAUCUUUGUCGUAGCCUCUUCCACUGCACUUAUAUUUACAGGAUGUGGCAUCAACUUCACCUUUGGUGUUUAUCAAGAGCUUUAUGACUCCAUGUCCAAGCUCCCAAAUACACCCUUUACAGGCGCCACACCUGCCCAGAUUGAUCUCAUCGGUACUCUCUCGAUUGCACUUAUGACAAUUGGAGCUCCAUUCACUACAGCCUGGACGAAGCAAUACUCUCCACAGAUAGUUGUCUGGGGUGGCGGUGUAGUUUACGCAGUUGCCCUGGUCCUGGCCAGCUUUAGUCAAACGCUAUGGCAGUUCUUGCUCACCCAGGGACUCCUGCUUGGAAUAGGAACGUGUAUGGCAUAUAUGCCCUCCGUCACGGUGGCGCCGACAUGGUUCUCCCAUCACAGGGGUCUAGCAAUGGGCAUCAUUCUAUCAGGCACCGGUGUUGGAGGAGUUGUCUGGCCAAUGGCAUUUAGAUAUCUGAUCCCCCAAGUCGGGUUUCGCAAUACCCUACGCAUCACAGCCGGGAUUUCAUUUGCCAUAAUCUCGACAUCAGGCUUCUUUAUGAAAUGGCCUCAAAGCCAAAUCGCCCGUAUAGAGGCAGAGAAUGCGGCAAGGACAAACAAGAUGACUUUCUUCCAGAUUCCACUGCUAGACUGGCGCGUCGCAAAAACCAAAAAGUUCAUUGUCCACGCCACAGGCGCUGCGCUACAAUCUGCAGCUUACUACACGCCUGUCUUUUUCUUCGCUUCUUUUGCUCGGACUUUGGGAUACUCGCAGGUCACAUCGGCAAACUUCAUUGCCAUCUCAAACGCUGCCAAUGCUGUAGGAAAGAUCGCUAUUGGGUAUGCUGCUGAUCGCAUGGGCCGACUCAACACACUAUUCUUGACGACUUUGAUCUCGGCAAUUGCUGUUUUAGCCCUGUGGCUCCCAUCAUCACUUUCCUCAACGCCAGCAAGUGGAAGUGCAUUAUUCAUAGCGUUUACAAUCUUCUAUGGCGUUUUCGCAUCGGCUUAUGUCGCACUGUUCCCAACAUGUCUGGUUGAGCUAUUCGGCGUCCAAAACUUCAUCAGUGUAAAUGGAGUCCUUUACAUGAUCAGAGGAUUUGCAACUCUUGCUGGAACUCCACUGGCAGGAUUAUUGAUUCGGAGUAGUCAGCACAAAAAUGCUUCGCCAAAGACAUAUGAGAAUACCACCAUUAUGGUGGGGGUGUUACUGGCUGCUGCUACAUUAGCCGUAUUAUGGACUCGGCUUGAGGCGUUGGUGACUUUGGAAUCAGGCCAAGGACAGCGGAGAAAGUGGUUGAUGUGA